GGAGAAGAGGUGGAGGGCGUGGGGGAAAGUGGAGAAAGGAAGAAAUCCAAACCUGGUGGGAGUAAUCUUUGACAACGUGAGGGAGCGCGUCACAAAGGGAGCUGUUCUCCAGUCCAAUAGGCAGAGGCCCUCCUUAACAGCCUGUGUGGGAGCAGAUAUAAAAGUGCUGAAACAAAAUCAGCGAGUGCUGAUUGAACAGCGAACAACGAGGCUGGGUAGCUCUGAGAAGGCAGGCGUCUUGCUUUUCUGUUUGUCAGGAAGAUUUCUGCUUUUGGGACAAGCCAAAUCACUUACUCCCCCGAACUGCCCAGGACUGGCAGCUCACCACUCUCCUGUUAGAGAGAGAAGGAAUUCUGGAGUCCAAAGUGGGGCACAGCUCAGCCAGAAAUGAUAACUUCCUUGCUGUGGUUCUCCCUUCCGUGCCUGGUGGGAGCCUUUGAGAGGCCUGAGAGAUGGAGCAACAACGGAAGUUUGGACGGAGACUUUGGGAUUCCCAAUGUAUCCAGUUUUUUCCCCUGGGGCAACUACUCAUUUUCAGACUGGCAGAACUUCGUGGGCAGAAAGAGAUAUGGGGCAGAAUCUCAGAAGCCUAUGGUGAAGGCUCUGCUCAUCGUGGCGUACUCCUUCAUCAUUGUCUUCUCUCUCUUUGGAAAUGUCCUGGUCUGUCAUGUGGUCACCAAGAACCAGAGAAUGCAAUCAGCCACCAGCUUGUUCAUUGUCAACCUAGCAGUAGCUGACAUAAUGAUAACCUUGCUUAAUACUCCUUUCACAUUGGUUCGCUUUGUGAACAGUACAUGGAUAUUUGGGAAGGGCAUGUGCCACAUUAGUCGAUUUGCACAGUAUUGUUCCCUCCAUGUCUCAGCUCUGACUCUGACAGCAAUUGCUGUGGACAGACACCAGGUCAUCAUGCAUCCUUUGAAACCUCGAAUUUCCCCUACAAAAGGGCUCAUCUCUAUUGUAAUCAUCUGGAUCAUGGCCACCUGCUUUUCUCUCCCUCAUGCUAUCUACCAAAAGCUAUUUACCUUCAAAUACAGCGAAGAUGUAGUCCGAAGCCUGUGUCUCCCGGACUUCCCAGACCCAGCUGACCUCUUUUGGAAGUACCUGGACCUGGCAACCUUCGUUUUGCUUUACAUCUCCCCCCUUCUCAUCAUCUCUGUGGCUUAUACCCGUGUGGCCAAGAAGCUGUGGCUGCGCAAUGCCAUUGGCGACGUAACCACAGAGCAGUACUAUGCCCUUCGGCGCAAAAAGAAGAAGACCAUCAAGAUGCUGAUGCUGGUUGUGGUGCUCUUUGCAGUCUGCUGGUUCCCCUUGAACUGCUAUGUGCUCCUCCUCUCCAGCAAGACUAUCCGGAGCAAUAAUGCCCUUUACUUUGCUUUCCAUUGGUUCGCCAUGAGCAGCACCUGCUACAACCCCUUCAUCUACUGCUGGCUUAAUGAGAAUUUCAGGUCUGAGUUAAAGGCUCUACUGAGCAUAUGCAAAAAGUCACCCCAGCCUCGAGAACAUAUCCUUCCUUCCACUGUUCCCUCUUACCGGGUGGCUUGGCCAGAAAGUGGUAACUGCAAGAGGAUACAGGGCUCCCACAACAUCCCAACUGCCUCCCAUGUUCAUUCGGCUAAGACAGAUAUUUCCUCCGUAGAGCCUAUUGUGGCGGUGAGUUAAAGGAGGCCAAGUCAGUGAUGAAAUAGAAAGCGCAACCAGGAGAAGCCCGAGAAGAGAUCCGGAAAGCUAUGAUGCCCCUUUGCCUCAGGGGGCUGGUUUAAGCAGGCACUUCCUGGAGAGUGUUAUCUAAGUAUGAAGCCCCAGCUCGUGUAAAUAAUUGUUUUUACGGACUCUCUCCUGAACCAAUUUCCAGUGACUCUAACCAAAUCAGACUGGGUGUUCGACAUUUCAGGAACCGCAUCUAUGAGAUGGCAGCCUGACUCCUUGUAGCCUUGGAGAGACUCCUGGGUUGACUGAGAGGACAGAGAUCUGCAUGUAGCCAUGUCAGUAAAUCCAAGUGGGCAACGCUGUUAAGGGCUUUUAUUUAUCCUUAGCAGCUUUGGUGGAGUAAGUGGUGCCCAGCUGAGUUGAUGCAAGGGUAGGGAGGGGAAGGAAGGCACAGGUUUCCUUACUUAAUUCUUACCUAAAUUGUAGUGGAAGCUAAGGGAGAACAAAAUAACAAGUGACUGCUCUGGUCCCUUCUCCCAGGAACCUUUUUCUAUCAGUACAAAUGAAAAGAGGAAGAGAAGGGACCCAGGCAAAGAGAUCAUCACACUGUGUGGUAUUUACCAGGAUUAUCUCAUAGCAACUGAGAUAGAGAAGUCUAGCUAACUCAAGCGUCUUUCUCUUCAGUCUGUAGAAAAGAGGAAUGAAUGUGAGUGAUGAGAUUCAAAUGGAAGGAAAAAUAUCUCCUCUCUAGCAGUCACAUAGAAAUGAAAAGUGUUUAAGAAAUGCUCUACUUUCAAAGGAGGAAGGGAAAUACAGUUUUUGAGGAACUGCAGAGAGAAAAAGUUCCAUUAUCCCCCUAGUUAUCUCUAGCGAGUUUAUUGCUUAUUGGCUUUUAUCUAGUAUUUUUAUACAGUGCUAGGGUAAAAUUGUUACUUCCAGUGGAUUUCUAAAUCAGCUCACAUGGUUCGUGUUAAUAAAAGAUGAAAGUUCUCAUAUGCCACUUAAAAUAUGCAUAUUCUCAUCAGCCUCCUCAAGGGUUCAAUUUUAAGGAGGAUCUUGGUUUAACUUGCGUGCUCAGGGCACACCAUUUAGCUGAGUGGCUCCCAGUGUCAUCCAAAAUAGUAAAGUGUUGAUUGGAAUUAUUCUGUAUUCAACCAAUUUGUUGUGGAGGAUUUAAUACACAUAAACUGUGGCUACUGUUAGAUUGAUUUCCUUGCCUAGUUUUAAAGCCCAGUAUGGAUGGGGCAGGAAAAGUCAUCCCUGAUUGAGUGAACCUCAUUGUUAUUGAUGAAAACUGAACCAGCUCAAAGGAUAGACUUCCAAAGAACAGGCAGAAGAAAUGACUUCUAGAACACUUGACUGAAGACAGACCCUUCUAAGCCUAAGAGACCAAAUGUUUUUACAGCCUUAAGACUGGCAUUGGUUGGGUCACUACAUUUGUUGCUUGAUGUAUCAAUUUUCUUUAUGCUGCAAUGGGGAGUUUUCCAAAAUGAGGGUCCCAAUGAGCAGAGACCGAAAAUCUAGCUGCUCAGGGUGACUCAUUCUUCUAUAGGAGGUAUUUCCUGAACUCUCCAAUUUUUACCUCUCUGUCCUUCCUUACAAUUUACUUUGUAUAUUCUUUGUGUUUACUUAUCUCUGUAUAUGGCAGGUCUCUGCUAUUCAUUGGAUUCCUGAGGGUAAUAGCCCCAGUUAAAUAGUACUAUAUUCCUUAUGGCUGGUGAAAUUUCACUCUUGAAAUUCCAUUGAUACAGAAUCCCCAACUGCCUAACUAAAAACCACCCCUCUGCUGCCACUACUUUUUAUUCACUUAUUGCCAUCCAUUUCUGCCAACCCAGUUCUAGUUUUCCCUUCCAUUUUGCCCUUUGGGCUUCAAAUUCUAGCAUUAACAAACUUCUCUACAUAUUCCACCUCUUCCUCUAGUGAUCCCUCCAAACCCUGGCACUCACAGAAACUUGGUUUCCCUGGUCAACUUUUCCAGUACUAAUGAUUUCUCUUGCCCUCCUAAGCUCCCUGGUCCUCAAGGGGAAGUUGCUAUACUUCUUGCUUUCCUCUUAGCCCUUUACUGAUCCCCUACCCUCUGCUGCUGGUGUGUCUCUCCUGAAAUUACCUUGUACUUAUUUUGUGAAUAUUUUGCAUAUAUUUAUCUGUGAACAUAUUGUCUCCUCGGAUAAAAUGGAAGGCAAGGAUUGUUUCAUUUUGUCUUUGUAUCUUUAGUACCUCGGACAGUGCUUGACAAAUGGUAGGAACUAAAUAAAUGUUUAUAGAUUGAUUGAUGUUACUCCUCUAAUCCAAGAAAACUUAAGCGGGCAGGUACUGUUUCAUUUUUGUCAUUGUAUGCUUAGCACCUUGUACAGUGCCUGGGACAAAAAGGCACAUAAUAAAUACUUGUUCCAUUGGAUUGACUUUGUCCUAUUGUCAAUACUGAGUCCUACUUUCUCCUUUUCUUUUAAGUGGGAAGGUAAAGUCUACUGUUGGUGCUGUAGUAACAACAUGAAGAGAAAAAAAAGGAUUUCUCCAUAUUAGUGAAGCUCAUAAUAGCACAUAUGUAGAUAACCCUUCAUAAGGAGAGCUGGCUGUUGGAGAAGGAGCCUGAAUUCUCUCUGUGCCUACAUUUAGGACAAGAAAAUGCUGUCCAUUUAAUGCCUGUGAAUGUGAUCUUGGCAUAACUUGAAGUUUCCCACAGAAGUGCUACAUUGCUAUUGUAAAAUGUAAUUUAAACUCAGCCACUCAAAUCACAAUAAAAUUUAUUUGAGAUGUACUGGA